AGUUUCAAGUAAUGAAGUGGCAAUUGGAAAUGCGACACUUGUGUAAUGAAUGUCGAAACUACUUACAAUUUAGGGGACUAUUUUAUUGCUGAUAAACAUAGUCAAAGUAAUUAUGUAUUGUGCACAGCUUGUUUCUCUUUCCUAAAACAAUAUUUUACGAACUUCUACAUCGAUGCCAUAUGGAAGCAGUCUUGGAUAAGAAAUACCAUAGAACUGACAGAUCAAUGUUACAAACAACGAUGGAAUGCCGCUCUGAAUCACAUGCGAAAUGUUAUCGAGGCGAUGGCAACGAUAGUCUGUGGACUCCUCUUGACCCUAAUGUUGAAAUGGAAAUACUCAGUUCGCUCGAUGAGAAACAGUUUGAAAUCCUUAUACCAUCUUUCAUUAUUGUGCUUCUUGCAAUCUUAAUCGGUAUCCCUGGAAACGUCAUUACAGUCAUAGUGUACAAAAAGCGUAUGAGACGGACAGCUUCAAGGAUUUUCAUUUUGGCUCUGGCUUUCUGUGACCUUAUGAACUGCAUCAUAACCAUGCCUGCAGAAAUCAGCAUAAUCGUCAACUUUUUUACAUAUGAACACCCUAUUAUAUGCUCUAUUGGUAGGGCACUGACCUAUAUUCUCAAUGGUGUGUCGGCAUUAUUGUUGUGUGGAAUAGCCGUGGACCGCUUCAGAAAAAUUUGUCGCCCGUUAAAACCCGUCUUUACUCCUAAGAAGACACGAGCAAUAUGCUUUGUAGCAUCCGCGAUAGGAUUCGCAUUCUACAUUCCUGCGUUUAUACUAUAUGGUACACAGACUGUACGAAUUGAACAUCCAUACGGUGACAUUUAUUUCAAUAUUACAGGACACACGUGUCAAAUUAAUGAUAAAUACAAAAAUACUAAAAUUCAGAAGUAUAUCUUAGGUAUAUGGUUUCUGGCUACAAUUAUUAUCAUGGUCAUUUUGAUUGUAGUAUACGCACGAAUUGGCCGGGCUGUGUACAAACGGUUGAAACUUGAAGAAAAGAGACAUUAUUCAGUUUCUACAGCAACCAAACCAGCCAGGCGGAAGAUGAUUGUAGAUCAUUCAUCUGAGACAAGCUGUUCAUUUGAAGAUGUUCUUGAAGCAGAACGCAACGACCAGCCCAAAGUUCUAAAAUCCAUGUCUAUGCCAUUGCGGCAUAAAAUUGGCGACGGUUUGAGAAAACAAUUUCGGUUGUCUGCCCCUACUGUUUAUUCGCUAAAUAAAGAGACGGUGUCACGGCGUAUCCGCGCGGGAAGAACAACGCUGAUGUUAUUUUCUGUGACAAUUGCCUACGUUCUCAGUUUUAUUCCUUUUGUGGCUAUAGUAACCAUUCGCACAAUGAAACCCGACUUACAUGACUCUCUUUCUGAUGUACAAAAAAGUGUUUGGAAUUUCUUUCUAAGAUCGUAUGUUAUUAACUGUGCUGUGAAUCCAAUUUUAUAUGGUUUCUUCAACAAGGACUUCAGAAAGAAGAUGAUUGGUUUAUUUACAGACUGUUGUUAACAAUGGAGGAUGUAGGGUUGGUCAAUACCAGGCAUAUUCUUGAUACGGAUCUUGAAGUUUUUAUACUUCACCCCAGUGAGGAGACACAAAUGUUCUCACCUUAUGCAAUUAUUCAGCGCCCGCGUUCUUUUUGUUUUGGUUUUACAGACUAUAAUUAAUUGUCAAUGUAUUUGCAAACGUGGUUGUACAUUUUUGGAGUUAAUUGCUAACCUUUAAUUAGAAAUAAACUUCGUAAACUAUUUUGCA